CGGGACCGCGGGGCGCAGGCGGCCGGAGCGCAGGGAGCGCGGGGAGCGCAGGGAGCGCAGGGGCGCGGGGAGCCGGGCCGCGGCCGAGCGGGGUCCCGGUGUGCGUGCGCGGCGGGCGGCGCGGGCCACGGGCGCCAUGAACACGGUGCUGUCGCGGGCGAACUCGCUGUUCGCCUUCUCGCUGAGCGUGAUGGCGGCGCUCACGUUCGGCUGCUUCAUCACCACCGCCUUCAAGGACCGGAGCGUCCCGGUGCGGCUGCACGUCUCGCGGAUCAUGCUAAAAAAUGUGGAAGACUUCACUGGACCUAGAGAAAGAAGCGAUCUGGGAUUCAUCACGUUUGAUAUAACGGCUGAUCUAGAGAAUAUAUUUGAUUGGAAUGUUAAGCAGUUGUUUCUUUAUUUAUCAGCAGAAUAUUCAACAAAAAAUAAUGCCCUGAACCAAGUUGUCCUUUGGGACAAGAUUGUUCUGCGAGGUGAUAAUCCAAAGCUGCUGUUGAAAGACAUGAAAACAAAAUAUUUUUUCUUUGACGAUGGAAAUGGCCUCAAGGGAAACAGGAACGUCACUUUAACUCUAUCUUGGAACGUUGUACCAAAUGCUGGAAUUCUACCUCUUGUGACAGGAUCAGGUCACGUAUCUGUCCCAUUUCCAGAUACAUAUGAAAUAACGAAGAGUUAUUAAAUUAUUCUGAAUUUGAAACAACAUAUUUUUAUACUUAAUGAAUCAUAUCUUGUUUUUCUCUUUCCUUGCAUCUUCAUUUGUUUUGUUUUGUUUUGUUUGGUAUAAGAACUAAUUAUCAAAAGGCAUAUUUGAAGGGAAAGGCUAAUGUGCUACGUAAACUUGAUUUUACAAACAGAACACACACAGAAGGGUCACCAGAGGGGAGUAUUAUAAAAAUAAGACAACUACAUAAUAAAGCUUUGUAAAAAAAAAAAAAAUGAGGUAUUCCCUGUAUGUCCAUGAUUCUUUAUGGAAUAUAAAGUGAACAUGAAGAGUAGUUAGAACUUUUAGGUGCCUGUGGAGUUCAAAGAGCCGUAUUUUAUGCCUUGCAUUCAUGCAAGUUCACAUCAGAUGUGAUUCAGAAGUGGACAUUCUCUUUUAGGGUUUGUCUCAUUACGGGAAAAAUUUAAAUGAAGACACCUGGUUUAUAAAAUAGCCAAAAGUGAUGGAAUUUUAUUCCAUUUGUCUUAGGUAUACUCCAUAAUGCUUGUUUUUCUUACAGGGGACUAGCAACUUUCUCCACUUAAAGACUAAAUACCUCUUUAUAUGCUGUAAAUCAUUCUAACUCAUUUUAAAGUCUCGUAAGUCAACCAAAUAUGUGUGUGUCAGUGCUUUCUCUAAUGUUCCUUUGUAUUAUAUCUUCGUGUGAAUUUUUAGCAUUGCCAUUGAAAGUUGAAAAUGUUUGCAUGGUUUACCUUCUGAGUUAAAUUUGUUCUCGUGAGCAUGCCUAGUGCCACUGAAUGGUAAUUAUUUAAAAUUUUCUGUAGGUCCACAUUUUAAUAAUUACUGGGGUAAUAAUAGUAUUUGUCGGUGCGCUUUUCCACCUACAAGCACUCUCCUAUAUUUUACUGUGUGUUAUCCUCGAUAAUAUAAUGAGGUAAGUAGCACAAAUGUUAGCUCUUGGCAGAUGAAGAAACUGAAACCCGGAAGUUUAUUGAAUUGCUUUGAGAUUGCAUAGCUAGCACAAGGAGGGGAGUUAAAAUUUGACUCAGAUUAAUUCUCUAAGCCUGUCCUUUCUCCUGUAGCUCAGAUUACAGACUAAUCAAAAUUCACUUAGAGUUUUCAUAAUUUUUUUUUUAUGUUACCCUGGACACCCUCAAGCUGCCAAAAACUUAUGUAGAGAUAAUAUCUCAUUUCAUUCGCUGCAUAAAUUUUACAUAUGUUAAAAGUAGAAGAACCCAAAUAUAUACAGAAAUGACUUAGAGAUUAAAUGCAGAAUAAUACAUGGUUGAAUAUAUGCUCAUAUUUAAAAUGAUUUUUUUCUACAGUAAGCAAAUAACCCUCAAGGAAGCAACUACUGAUCAAUUACCCUUAAAAGCAAGACCAAACACUGUAGUUACACUAUCAGCAGUAACCAAAAAGGGCUAAUGUUUUCUAAGAGUAGGUUUAAGCUAACAGUUGUUGUAUUUACCUCAUAGGAAAUGCAUCACCAUUUUAUUACGUUGGUUUUAACGGCUUUUGUGUGUGAGAGCAUGUGUUCCUGUCAAAGGUCAGAGCUGUCCUAUCAUGAAUACUGGACUGGGUGUGGCUCCCAGCACUUUCAUUAAACUGUUCAGGGUCUCAGUUUCUUUAUCUGUAAAAUGCCAGAGUUGGACUCAUUGACUUAAACCACACGAGUCUAUAAGUGGUGUCUCUUUGUGAGAGAGAUUGAACAGAUGAGCCCCUUAAUGACUUGAAGACAAGAAGAUGACCGAAAGACCAACAUAACUGUUCGUGCCGACUUGACUUAGUUCCUGUUAGAUUUUAUACCCAGAAAACUUAACCUUGUACAGUUUGUACAAAUAUUCCACAUGGAAACUUAGUCUCUGUAGAUGUCAAAGCUGCAAAAUGGGGUAUGUUCACUCAGGAGGGCGAGCCCAGUAGACCUGCAGGCCUCAUCAGGUGCAGGUGCUGGCGUAGGAGCGCCUUAUACCUCUGUGUGGUGAGUGGGUCUCUCAGUUUGCGAGUGGUGAGUGUUGAAAUUUACUUGAGUUAUAGUUGAUUUGACCAGCCCACCUGCCCUUUUUUUGGAGUUUGGUGAGGAAGAGGAGCAGAAAGGCCCAAACAGCACAAUGGUUAAAUAGUUUUUUGUUUUUACUCAACUACGGGAAACUGCUCAGGACAUGAAUGCUCCAACAGAGGAAGAAGAAACCUCUGUCUCAGGAACUCCUCUGUGGGUGCGCGCAGCUUUGUUGGUUGACCAUGAUUCCCCCAUCUGUGAAAACAGAUGGCCUUGUGUCCAGUUUGAUGAGCGUAGCAUCUACCUUAGUGUCAGUGUUUUCAAGAAGUCUCACAAAGUCUCCAUAUAGACCCCAGGCUUGAGACUUAAACCUAAGUAUUACUAGAAAUGCCUGAGCCCAGAGGAUACCGGGGACGGGGGAACAAUUGCAGAAUGCUUAUCUAAAAUACUUAGGGUGAGAAGUGAACUAAUUGUAAAUGUGCUCACAUACUCCUUUUCUGUAGCAGGCAAGCAGCUCUGUCCUGUUUAUUUUCCCCGGAUUGAUGAGAUUUGGUUUCUUUGUGCUUAAAGGAAAAUAAUAGAAAACUUGAGAAAGUUCUUAAGGGUGUAAAGGAAGGUGGGUUAUUUCAAAUUUCCUUUUUUGGAGCUGUUUUACCGUCCUUGGGUGGGUCUGGCCAGCCUGGUUAAUAGCGCUGAGGUGGGCUUGUAUGGUUACAAUGGACAUUUUUUUUCACUAUUCUACGUAAAGCUUAGUGUGACCUAAUGCUUUGGAUCUCUGAGGUGUUGGUUAUUGGAGGUGCUAUUUUAUAAUACUUUGAAUCUGACAUGAAAUGAGUGUAGAGAGAAAAACCAUAAGCUGUGAACUUUGACCGUACACAACACCUGCUCCUUUCAGAAGCUUUUCCUCUUAGAGAGCUUGUGUACAUCAUGUGUGGCUGCCAGCAAUUUAAAGAGAUGUUUCAAAAAGUUGUUGCACCUUUUGAUGCAAUUUGGGAAAUUGUUUACUUCACAAAUAACAGAUUGAUAAAAAAAAAAUUCAUGAAAAUACUGAAGACAUGUUUGAGGAUUUUCUUAAUUGCAAUAAACAGCAUUUUUUCUAAAGAAAAUGAAUUUUGUUUACGAGUAAAAGGAUGCAUUUUAUGAGACUUUUGGAUUUACGCUUUUUAUGUGAAGCUGCUGAACUAAAAGAAAAUGGAUGAAACUAAGUCUAGUAAACUUUUUUCUUUCCUUUCCUUUUUUUUUUUUUUCCUUUUUGUGGGUGGGGUGGGGGAAGGUUAUUUACACCUAAACUAUCUCCUCCGGUGUAUGGUCCUAUACUAGACUGUAAGCUCUUUGAGGGCAGUCUCGUCGGAUCUUUGUAUCUUCCCCAGCGCCUAGCAUAGUGCCUUGCACACGAUAGGCGCCUAAUAAAUACUGAUGACGAAUGAA